ACGCAUGCACGGGGUAGAGCGAAGCACCUUUUGGGUCGGCGGCACGGCAUCGGUCUUCGGCCAGACGUGUUCGGCACGCCGUGGGGCGCACCAAGUUGAUUAGCAGCCGACACCGCUUCUCGAGAGGAGAGCCAGUGGAGGCGGCACGGCCCCCGCCGCGUCCAGCAGUGUGCUCUCGGAGGCGGCGGCCCUGAGGUCGGCCAGGGCGAUUCCGCUUCGACACCGCCACUCAGGAACGCGCCACGAACGAGCAUGGCGCGUCCGGUGCAGGGAGGAUGUAUGUGAUCUUCCCGGCUGAGGAACUCAUUAAUAUCUCCCUGGGCGUCAGUCCGUCUGAGAAUAAGUCCGUCACUUUCAACAAGCGAGUCAUGGCAGGCGAGGUCACCCUGAAGGAGCUCACCCACCCGGCCCUCAACGAGGCCCUCAAGACCCACAACUCGGUCACUUUCAAGCUCGUCAGAACCGUUUCCGACUUCACUCAGCAGUUGAGUCAAAUUUAUGAGCAACAUGCUGAGGAGUUGCAGCAUCUGGUGGAAGGAUUUCGCAAGAAAAAUGCUGAACUACGGAAAGAGAGGCCUGCGUGCCCGAGCACCGUAUUCCACGCCUGGGAAACUUUGCUCCAAGAAGUGGAGAUUGACUCGCAGGCCCACAGUGACAUUGCCAGUAUACUGGGCCGGCAGGUCUCGCGACCGCUGCUGGAACGCUCAUUUUACCGCAAAAUACAAUCCAGAAAAGUGUUCACUCACCGAGAGAGCUACGACACCAUCCUCCAUAAAACAGAAGACAUGUUGACCAAGUGCCGACAAGAUUACAAAGCCGCAUUCCUCGCCUACAUGUCUUCGCCGAGCAAUGCGGCCCUGGCCUCCUACUUUGACGCUCACAACGCCUACGUGCAACAACUGCACGCCACCAACGGCAUGCUCGAAGAAUACAGCCAGCAGAUCCUGCCCCAGCUCAUGCAGGAGCUGGAGGAAGUUUACUCAGACCUUUGUGCGAUGCUGGCCGACUCUGUGCUCCAAGGAGCGGAAAUAAUAUCAACAAGGGCUGUGGAGCAAGGGCGGCGGUACGACGGCCUGAGCGCGCUGUGCCGCGGGGUGUCUGGCCCUCAAGACUUGGCCCAUUUUGUCAGAUCUCUGCAGGCGCCGCCUCCGACCAACAACAAACACAACUUCUCGCCUCCGCAGCCGCCCCAGCUGCCGACACCGAGCGCCGACGAGGGCGGCGAAGCGGCGGCUUCUUCAUCCAACGCGUCCAACACUGCGCCGAUUUUGCGUAACGAACUGACUCUGGAGCGGUUGGCGUCGAUUCACCCCAUCAGACCGCGCUUCGACGCCCUCAAGAAAGAGGCCAAUGACCUGGAAACGCAGAUCAAACAACUCACCGACGCCCUCGACAACCUGCUCAGGAUGCAGCAAAGGAGUGUCGAGUCGAGUCUGUUCAACAAGGCUAAUGAGCUGCAGGAGGACAUCAGUCUGAAGAGGUUCGACCUGCGGGUGGCGCAAAUUCAUCUGUCCGCAGUCAAGGCCCAGAAAGAGUUGUUCGCCGCGAAGGUGGAGAGCGGUGCCGACACUUCUCGCGAGCGUAAAAUGUCAUCAUCGUCAACCGGAAGCAUGAAGUCCAAAUGGUUGAAGGCUUUCAAGAGCCUCAAAACUACCUCUGGAGGGGCAGCUGCGGCUCCGAAAGAACCAGAAAAGAAAGCCGGAACACCGGAGCAGGGCAGCAGCUCGGACGAAAAGAAAAUCAGUCCGUCAACUUCCGCCUCGUCUUCAGGGUCCGUUACAAAAAAGCCACCGAUUCGUCCAGGCCACUCUAAAAUCAGCUCAAAGAACCAAAUGUACCAUGCCGUUUCCGCCAUCAUGUCGAUGAGGAAAAACGGGAAGGAUGCAGCUGGACUGGCGGGUGCACUGCCUGAGAGUGGCGCUCACCUUUUCCAAGAAUACACAUACAAGAAAAUUACGCCGUGUGACGUCUGCUCGCAGGUGUUGAGGGGUCACACUCGUCAGGGCCUAAGAUGCCGUGUGUGCAAAAUGAACGUUCACGUAGACUGCCAAGACAACGCCAAAAGUUGCCAGAGCAAAUCGCGGCUGCUGCGGAGGCAAAAGUCAACAUCCGAGAUCGAAACCAGGGUCAAUCAAGAGCCGCCACUGGAUGAAGAAAGAAUUAAGCCAGAUAGACUGCUGCGACCCCUGUCAGGCCCUGCGUGUCCUGAAUCUCCAUCAGGGGUGUCGCAAAGAUCAAAACGGCGUUCCAAGAGACAACAAAGCACUCUAGCCGAACCGCAAGAGGUAGACCAGACCUACCAAGUGCUGAAGCAGGCCGGCGAAAUCAGCGGCGGGGGCCGUCGAGGGCCCACCCCCACCCCUGAAACCCAACUGCCGCCGCCACAACUUCAGCCGCAGCCUCCGAUUGUCGUCCCCGGGGGCUCUGGGGGCGGCAGCAUCGCCAGCUCACACUCGUCGAGUGCCGCCUCGUUGCACAGGAGGCCCCCGUCCUACAUGGGCAGUAGGCAUGCGUCCGUUCUCACCGUCAACGCACCCAACCCUGGAACCGCCUCCUCCUCAGCCGAGUCCGUGAUGGCCGACAAUAUGUCUCUGGCUUCUGGCACCGUGAUGGAAACCGCCACCAGCACCAGGACCCGACGCCGUCUCUUCGCUGGCAUGAAGAGUCUGUCGGUGUUUCACAGCCGCGCCAGCCACGAACGCACCCCACCUGGACACGCGCACUCCAGAUCCAUCUCUCUACCCGAGAGCCUGAGAACCACCCCACGUACAAUUGAGCCAGGCACUGGUACCAGACCGUUCGGACAGCCUCUGGUACUUAGUCCUAGCAUCUCUGAAAACGGUGAUCUGGUUGAAGAGGCCGCUGCGAUUCCGUCUUCUUAUUCCCCCGUAAACCCUUACUAUUCGAGCCACUACCACCAAAACAGCCACCAACACCACUACUAUCAGCAAUUACAGCAAUACCCGCCGCAGCCUAACGCGAGGCACCAGCAAGACUUGAUGGUGAUGGCCAAUGGGGGUAGAGUGCCCACCACCGCUCCACACAGUCCACGCAGACACAAGUUGAACCUACGCAUGAAGUCCCUUUCUCUGGACUCGCCAGAGUCCACGGAGCAUGUCCAGAGGCGACGACACGUCGAGUGCGGACCGUCCAGCCAAUCUUCGUCGUCGCAUAUCCAGUCGCACACCUCCACUUCCAACACCACGCACCACAGUUUCCCUAGGCGACACCGUUUGUCUCGAAAUAUAUCAUGGUCAACUCCCUCAAGCCCUGUUCACAACCGGCGCCUGCUCAGCGCUCGGAACAUGCGGAUGAGCUCCGUCGAGCUGCCUGAUGACAACGAGAAGUCGCUUAGUUCGGCCAGCACGUCACCUUGUCCAUCGCCGAAACCUCAUCGACUGCUGCCGACCAACCUGUACGUGGUGCUUUACAACUUCAAGUCACGCCACCCAGACGAACUUGACCUCAAGGCUGGUUACAAAGUCACGGUGAUCGACACUUCUGACGUGGACUGGUGGCGGGGAAAGUGCUUGGGCAGGAUCGGCUUCUUCCCGUCCAAGUACGUUAUCCGUCUGCAGCCCGGUGAGCGGCCUCUGCAGGUAACGCACAACCUGCAGGUCUCCGACGGCGACAAUGGUCUCAUGCUCCUCAGAGAUCAGAUUGUCAUCCAGAUCGGCGAGGAGUUGGACGGAAUGGUGAUGAUUCGCAGCGGCGACAACCGCCAGGGCGUUUGUCCACUGAAAUUCCUGCAAGAAGUGUGACACCCUUGCGCACCCUCUUUGGCGCUGGCAGCCACAGCGGAUCCCCGACUCGAUGUCCCCCUAAGUGCUGCACCUCUCAAUGUGAUGCUACUUCGUACGCCACCCACUUAUUGCACUUGUGUCUGCUGAAUAGUUUUUGCUUUUUCCAAACGAUUUUCUGUUCUACGCAAACUUACGAUUAGGGUGUAAUUUCUCGCGCCGCGCUCUGCUUCUUAAUUUUUCUCCAACGACAAUCAAAACUCGCAGCUUUUCUAUAAUCUUGUAAAAAUAGCCUAGGUGGACAUUUUCCACCGCAGACGAGAAAAAGGAAAAAUUCAAAAUUAAAAACUCAUUCUCGUCUUGUACCGAUUAGACGGAAACCUUUUCUAAAACUGAGGAAUUUGCAGGAUUUGCAAUCAACAGGGUGACACCAGGGUGACCACUUGAAUAACUAAGCUACUCUUAUUAUUAAUUAUUUUCUAUUUUGAGAAAUGGAGGAAUUGAAACGCUUUAAAUUCGGUUUUAAUAAUUAAAAGCAGAUGCCUCGACAGACACAUUCACAGGAGCUAAACGUUGUCGGGUUUAUUAACUGUAUUCGCUGGAAAAAUAGACUAUCUCAUUCGUAUUAUGCUGCUUAUUUGUGUGCAUUAGUUGUAAAACAAAAAUUUUAAAUGAUCGAUUUUUCCAGAUUUAUAGUUUAAGACUCAGAAAUUAGACCUCCCUUUGAUAAAUUUGUAAGGAAGCAAUUUAAAUAAAUGAGGACUAGGUUUACUUUAGGUCCUUUCAGAUUCUUUUUAGAUGCAAUUAAUGUGAUAAAAUGCAGAAUCUUGAAUCUAAUUUCUGAGUCCGUUUUAUGAAUUGAAUUGAUUCACUUUGUUCUAUAUUGAACUAUAGAAACGCGCGCAGUGUCUGCACUCUUAAUCUAUUUCUUGUUGACUCCUGCGAGAAAUUAAUUCUUUUAGGCCGUUGUCAAAAACGUAAUGUGUCACUUCUAGAGCUAUUUUUGUGCAUGUUUGAUGAAAAGAAAAACACUUUGGCGAAGAUGAAAAAUUAUGAGUAGCAGAAAGGUGCUCUGCAAAAACGGGCAAAUAUUACAGAGGGAAAUAAUUGUAUUUUGGUUCCGUUAUUUGUUUACACUGUUAGAAUAAUUUUUUAUCUUAUAAAUAUCUUAGAACUAGAAUCAUUUGAUUAUUAUGUUAAUUUUCUUUGAGGCAAAAUUUUGUUAAUUGUUCAUAAAUAAUUGAUUAUUCAUUCGGUGCAACAAAUGAUUGACGUAUAAUAUUAUAUAUUUUUACAUUCCCCAUGACCUGAUUAACUCUUUAUUGUUAUCUCUGUCUCUAUCAUUCACGCAAAAGUGACUCUUGCACUGGUCUUGUUAUUGAACUAUCAAAAUAUCGGCGAGGUGAAUCCUUCAAUGGAGCUUUCGUAGUGAAAUGAUAUGGUAUAUCUCUCGUAUAUAGUGAAGAAAAAAAUACAAAAUUUUCAUUUCAAGUUUUGCCACUUGAUUUUGCGCGUUUUACCGCCGUGGACGAGAACGUCCGCGUCCCCCACGGCAAAGGAUAUAACAUCAAGAAAUUAAACAGAACGCGAACCUUCCGCCGCUGCUGCUCGUGUUUCACAUUAAUAGUGAGUAAAAAUUUAAUCAAGUAUAAGAAGGAAAGAAAUCGCGAGAUGCACGUGCUUGCACACACUCAGAUAGAGCGUUCGACUACUUGCUAAUUAAUGAAGGCAGCCCCGCAUCAAUUACAUACUCUCCCUGAUCAAAUCAAAUUAAUUAGUGAUGGCCAAUCGUCGAAACACGCGCCACGAAGCUUUAAAUGGGGCCAAAGUUGUAAUACGAUCAAAUAAAUAUCAUCCUUGAUAUAGCAAAAAAAAUCAGCAUCCGAGCAAAUACACAUAAAAGCAAAAUCAUCUCAGUAGCAUUUUGUAUUCGCAAAUCAUCAAAAGUGGAAUUUAAUUAUUGUAACAUGCUGAGGAGUUUUUAAUCGCGACAGUUUUUCAAAUUUAAAAAUAUAUUCCUGCCUCAUAACAUUAUGAGAUAUUUGAUAUAAUUUCAACAGAGAGGCUCGUUGUGUAUUUUCAGCCAUAUAUAAUUAUAUUAGGGAAACAGUGAAAAAAGCUUUGGUAAAUUUUAAUAUUAAAAUAAUAUGCAAAACAAGCAGUGCCGCGUUUCCUAAUUUUCUACAUGCGUAAAGAUGAAAUUUGAUCAAUAGUCGUUCGCGAAGCAGCAAAAUUAGAUGUGAAAAUGAUUGAAGCACUUUGCUUUUUUAAUAUUAAUUAUCUCGUUGUCAUGCGCGACGUAGGUGUUAUAAUGAGGCACUGGAAACCGUGUAAAACUAAAUACGAAAACAAUUUAAAACGAUAAAAAACUAAAUGUUCAGCACUGUAUGCCAAAUGUGAUCUUAAUGAAAACGAUAAUCUAUAUAAUAAUAAAAAUUACAAUAACUAGAGUUGUUGAUGGGACAAGCGCUUUAGCCAAGAGAAUGAUGGGUCCGUUUGAAAAAGAACAUUUUUAGCGAAGCGCGUCGUCUUCCUUCAAUGCCUCUAUUUAUACCCAGUGAAUAAAAUUGAAGCACAUAGAUGUCUCUCUGUGAAUGAGAAAAGAAAUCCCGAUUAAAUCAAUAUGUAUAUUCGUACUCGUCACGAAGCUGAAUGUCUGCCAAAAUUAUUAUCACCUCUCUUGCUGUCAAUCGGGUGACGCACUCUCGUUUUAAAAAUAGGACGCUGAGAUAAGUAAAUGUCGUUUGUAUCGCAAUUACCAGAUCACUGUCAGUCACUGUUGUGUAUGAGAAAAAAACUAAUUAAAUGUUCAUUAAACGAAACUCACUCAAGAGCAGAGAGUCAAUUUGCAACAGUGUAGUAUAUUAACGGGCGAAUUGAAAAUCAGAUUGAAACUCUCUUCACUUAAUUGUAAGUGGAGAAUCGAAAAGUAAAAAUUACGUGUUUUGAUUCGGAAAAAAAGUGUCGUACAUGUCUGAAAGAUGAGAAAAUUGUGACUUUAUAGUUAUUAAAGAAAUUUUUUAAUUCCCUCUAUCACCACACUGACUUUGUUUCGAACUAAAAACGGUUGUUUUCCAUUCUCUUUAUUUGGUUUCCAAAGCAAUGCGAGUGAAUUAUUAAUUGUAAUUAUGUGCACAGAUCGCAUCUAUUGUACUACUGAAGAGCAUUGAUUAUAAAAGCGGGAGAUUGUUGAUACGCAUGUUGAUAUUUGCAAUAAAAAUAUUUUAAAAUGG